UAAAAUAUUAAUAUUUCGCGAGCAUCGAGCACCGUCAGUCAAGCGGUAAGCAACCGAAAUUAUCAGAGUUUGAAGAUGAAGAGACACUUUGGCAAAACAUUCGUCCUCGUAAUAUUUUUAUUUCUGAAUGCACGAUGCAGCAUUCUGACGCCUGCCAUAUGGGAAUUUCUCUCGGAGAAUCAUGAAAAUUUGAACGACAAGGCGAUCCUUAAAGAGUAUGAUUUUGUAAUAGUCGGUGCUGGUUCAGCAGGAUCGGUUCUAGCUAAUAGAUUAACGGAGAAUCCUCGGUGGAAAAUAUUAUUGCUGGAAAGUGGCAAAGAGGAAAAUUAUUUGACCGAUAUACCACUUUUCGCACCGGCUUUUUACUUUACCGAUUACGUACAUUCGUAUAAGAGCGAGCCAGGAUCACGAAAAGGGAAGGAUGGCUUUUGUCUCUCGAUGAAGGAUACCCGUUGUAACUUGUAUACGGGCAACGCUGUCGGCGGUUCGUCCGUGGUCAAUUACGUAGUAUAUGCGAGAGGAUCACCCUUGAUUUACGACGAUUGGGAGGCUCUUGGAAAUCCUGGAUGGAGCUACGAGAACGUUCUUCCAUACUUCAAAAAGUCUGAAAACUGCAGAAUAGCCGACUUGGAUCCCAGAUAUCACGGGUACGAAGGAUACUUAGAAAUUGUCAAUGUUCCCUAUGCCACGCCGCUUAGAGAAUGUUUUUUGAAUGCUAGCGCGGAAUUGGGUUACGAUUUGAUCGAUUAUAACGCCAAGACCAUAGGUUUUUCCAAAAUACAAAGUAAUCUACGAAAUGGACAUAGAAUGAGUGCUAGCAAAGCAUUCUUGAGGCCUAUCAAAGAUCGAACGAAUUUUUAUUUAUCCAAGUCGUCCAGAGCGACGAAGAUAGUGAUCGAUCGAGAAAGUAAAGUCGCGAUUGGCGUCGAAUUCGUAAAGAAGGGGAAAAGUUACUUUGUUAGGGCCAACAAAGAAGUCAUACUCAGUGCUGGUGCUCUGGGUUCACCGAAACUGCUGAUGCUCUCCGGUAUAGGACCGAAAGAUGAUCUAAAAUCUUUAGGAAUCCAACCGAUCGUGGAUCUUCCGGUAGGUUCUAAUUUACAGGAUCAUAUGAUCUUGGCAAUGUUGAAUUUUCUCAUAAACGAGACCGUCAACAUCGACAUACCGAAAUUCAACGAUGUCGCUGAAUACAUCAUCAAAGGGACUGGCCCGUUGACUACACCUAGUGGCACAGAAGCUAUUGCUUUUAUAUCUUCGGAAGAUUCGAGUUCCACGGGAAAACCAGACAUCGAGUUGAUCUUCUACCAUGGCUCCUUCGUCGGUUCCCAAGCAAAAAUUCUUCGCGGCAUAUCUGGGCUAUCCGACGAAGUUUACAAUUCCAUUUUUUCCAAGUACGAAGGAUCAAGUGCUUUUUCCAUCAGUACAAUACUUUUAAAUCCUAAAAGUCGAGGAAGAAUGAGCCUGAAAAGUGCCAAUCCUUUCCAAGAGCCUAUCAUCGACCUCAAUUAUUUCGAUCAAAAGGACGACGUGAAGACUAUGAUUCGUGGUAUAAAAAAGACUCUCCAGAUAGCUUCCUCAAAAGCCUUCGAACGUUACAAUGCCACUUUGGUGCCGUUACAUCGUUUACCUGCGUGCAAUCACACCGUCUAUCUGUCGGACGCCUUUUGGGGUUGCCUAAUUCGACAAAUGAGCACGUCUUCGUUCCAUUACUCCGGGACAUGUACUAUGAGUCCGAGAAACAAAUCGGGCGUGGUCGAUCAUCGAUUGCAGGUUUAUGGUAUUAAAUCGUUGAGGGUCGUCGACAACAGUAUAAUACCGAUUAUAAUCACUGGUCAUUUGGCUGCUGCGGCUUACAUGAUAGCCGAGAAAGCAGCCGACAUGAUAAAGGAAGAUUGGAAAUUCCCAACGAAUUAACUCGGUUUUAUUAAUAUGCGUUAUUAUAAGUUAUCAUAAUGCGAUACGUUAUAAUAACUUUCUUUUAUUUCUAUCUCUUAAUGAAUAAAUAUCGCUUGGGAAUGAUA